AUGAGGGUCGGUAAAACCCUUUGGAGUUACGCCAGUCAGUACUGGGAACUAUACAACGAGAUCGGUGGGGGAAAUGAGAAGAUAGCGGCAAGCACCUUCAAGAUAGGGCUCCCCGAGGAUUCUGAACUACGGGAGUCGUUGACGAAAAGACCUCCUGAGGAUAUGAGGCAACUUAUGAGGCGCAUUGAGAAGUAUAAGCGUCUGAAAGAUGAUCGGAUGCAGGAAUCAGAAGCACAAAUUGAAGGAGUUAAUGUGGUGUUCAAAGAGCCGGUGCAUAAAAUUCUAGAUCGGAUUAAGAACGAAUCGUUCUUCAGGUGGCCGAACAAGAUAGGGGGUGACCCAUCUCGGAGGAAUCAAAACUUGUACUGCACAUACCACAGGGAUAAAGAGCACACCACCGAGCAGUGUCGGGUAUUAAAAGAUCAUCUCGGGCAGCUAGUAAAAGUAGGGUAUCUGAAAGAGUUCGUAGUGGAUUCUGCAGACCAAGAUGCCGGCUAG